AUGGUGACAUGGAACGUUGAGAUUCGGCAUUGGAGCUUGAGGCUGACUUCGUUUCCACGAUGGAGACUGGAAACAAAGAAUUGGACGUGGGCCCCUCCUUCGCUCUUUCCCGCUGAGCUGGAAGCCCCGGCAAAGGGCAGUCAGGACAGGUCAGGCCAAGUCUCAUGGACUCUUGCAUCAAGUCGCGUGACUGCUCAUCCGCGGCCUCCUCGCCAAUCUCUCCCCACCAGUGACUUCCCAAACAGCAGCCGCAGAGCAGAUCUGACUCGUUCUCACAAGUACAACGACAAGGCCCACGUCGCUCAGUCUGAAGACGGCACAUUCGUCCCCGUCGAGCACGUUCCCAAGUUCUUUGGCAAGCACGGUUUCCCCGAUGCCGAUCCCAAGAAGAUCAAGAAGAACGGCGGUGGCAGGAGCAACUGGGGCAACGCUGGUGACGAAGUUCUCGACGACCCUGAGUUCAGCUUCGUCAACGCUCGCCGUCACUCCAACGCCAGUGCCAUUUCCAACAAUAUGGAUCACUUCAAGUCCAAGUUUGAGGUCAACGAGCCCGAGCCAGUCUUCGAGGAGGGUGUCCACGAUGCCCCUGAGGAUGAGGAGGUGACUCUUCAGAAGACGGAUACUUCCUCUAGCGGCGCCAGUGUCGAUGACGAGCAAAAGGUCACCAGGGAUUAA